AUGCCGCUAUCGUUCUUUGACACAACUUGCGGAAAGUUGAAAAGCAACGUUAUGGUUUCCGCAGCAAUUGUUGCACUAAUUGCGGUACUCUCAGCGGGGAGGCUUUGUUCGGGCUCGCAAGGCGCGCCGGACCGCCCGCCGCCCGCCCUGCCACCACCGCCCAACGUAAAACGAGGACAGCUAAAGGAGCCGGAAAUUGUAAAUGGAUACAUAGGAUUCACGGAGCAGAAUUUAGUAUCAAGAUUGUCGCAUGAUUCCAGAAAAAGACACUCAGUCAGAGUCUGUUUCAUAAAAACUGCUAUUACGAGAAACUCCAAAGUCGUGAGUACAAGUUUUCCUGUUAAAGUCAACAGCAGAACAUCGGCGAGGGAGACGCGACUUUUAAGUUUCAGCGAAAGAGAUGAAGAUCACAAAGUUCAUCUGAAAAAUUUCCUGAAUUACAAACUAAGUCGGUCCGACAAGGAAGACGAUUGUGUGGAACUGGAUGCUGCCAAAUACAACUGUGACAUUAUCAAGAAUUUAUUUGAAGCAUUUGAGAGCUACAGAGAUAUUUUCAUUUGGUGUUCAUUAGUAGAAAAAACGGUCGAUGUUCGUGUUAAACGAAGACGUCUAAAACGGUCUCCAGACUCUCGACCUGAGUUGGUGUAUACGUUUAUUGAACAGGCUGUGCAACCUGGAGCACAAGUGGCUUUAAAAUGCUCUGCGGUUGGGGAGCCACCACCCAGAUUUCGUUGGAGUUUGGAUGGUCAGACCAUACCGUCUCAUCAUGGGGUUGUAAUAACAGAAGGGCGCGAAAGUGGACCAAGUGGAAUUGGAUCAAGUAACAAUUACAUACUAUCAACUCUCUCGCUAAACAGCGCUAGGGUUGAGCAUGGCGGCCGCUACGAAUGCCGCGCGACCAACAAUCAUGGGUCAAUUGCACAUUCAGCUAGACUGAAUGUUUAUGGCCCGCCAUAUAUUCGUUCGAUGAAUCCGGUGAAAGCUGUUGCGGGUUCUGAUGUAUCAAUUUGGUGUCCAUACUAUGGAUAUCCAAUCGAUUCAGUGAAAUGGGAAGGCGGGGCAGGUAACGACCCUCGAUAUCGACAAUCGGACGGACAACUCAGCAUCAGCAACGUAGAUCGGACUCGAGACAGAGGCGGCUGGAUUUGUUCAGUGCUCACGUCUACUGGAGAGCUUGCGAGGAGAGAGGUGCAAAUCAACGUGGUGUCACCGCCAGUGCUGUCGCCCAUCGUGUUCCCGCCCGGGCUGCGCGCCGGAGACCGAUCUCAAAUUACUUGCACCGUUACGUCGGGCGAUAUGCCCGUUUAUUUUUCCUGGUUAAAGGAUCAAAUGCCGAUAUCUAGUGUUUUACAGGUGGACGAGCGUGGAGCGGAAUUCUAUAGCAUGCUACUGUUUAAAAGUCUGACAGCUGCCCACAGCGGGAUUUACACUUGUGUUGUAACUAACACCGCCGGAAAAGCCAACAUGUCUGCUGAGUUGGCUAUUAAAGUUCCUCCAUAUUGGCAAAUGGAACCAUCAGAUGGAGCAGUGUUACUUAACGGUUCUCUGACUAUUAGCUGUGAAGCGAAGGGGCACCCAACACCAGCUAUUUACUGGACAAAAUUCACUGGUAGUACAGAAACAGCGUUGGGCGGAGUGUCUGAUCCAGUAGUGCUCGGCAACGGAUCAUUGCGAUUGGAGUUGGCUCGCGCGGAACAUUCUGGAAAGUAUCGCUGUAGAGCGGAAAAUGGCGUGGCACCAGCACUGUCUAAAACCCUAACGAUACACGUUAAUGAACCAGCAAGAUUUGAAACUCCAUCGGUGAACGUCACAGCAAAACUCGGGGAAACAGUUCGGUUAGCGUGCGUCGCGAGAGGUGAUAAUCCUCUCUCUAUGACUUGGAGUCACUCAGGACGAGCUUUACCCAAUUCUGAUUACAGAAUGAGUAUAUCAGAGACCCGUAGCGCGGAGGGACUGCGCAGUGAACUAGUGAUUGAGAGGGCUGAUAGACGAGAUUCAGGGGUUUAUCGCUGUCAGGCGUCCAAUCCCUACGGCAGGUCAGACCACUUCGUUCACUUAGGGGUUCAAGAGCCACCAGAACCGCCGGCAAACUUUCGAGUUCUAGACACCACCUCGCGCUCGAUCCGUCUUCAGUGGCGAAGACCGUAUGAUGGGAAUUCCCCGGUACUAGGCUACGUAGUCCAGUACAGGAAACAUGACUCAGGAAAUCCUGACGCCUGGAGGGACGCUGACACCCAUAAUGUGUCCGUUAACGCUCAUAACAUGGACACUUACACAGAGACUGAGGACGCAACAAUAUCGGGGCUUGAACCAGCGACAGCAUAUUUAGUGCGCGCGCGCACAGUAACCGCACAGUUUGCCUCAGCGCAUACGCGUGCGCUCCUUGCACUUACACUGCACGAACCGCCUGCACGCGCGCCUGUUAGUCUCCGUGCAUCUGCCCCGCGAGCAUCGACUAUAGAGCUGGCUUGGCAGGCGCCGCCAACGUCGGCGUGGAAUGGAGAGUUAUUAGGAUACACGGUAUGGUGGUGGCCCUCUGCUGACGGCUCGCUAUCGGGAGGCGCAAGUGUUGGAAUGGAAUUUGCCACUGUUAGGGGGCACAUAAAUAAGUAUACUAUAGAAGGUCUGGAACAUUAUACAAGAUAUUCAGUUAGUGUUAGAGCGUUUAACAGCGCAGGUGCUGGCCCAGCGACGGCGCCUGUCAAUACACUUACUCAAGAGAGCGUGCCCUCCGAAGGCCCUCGAGCAGUAAGAUGUAGGGCAGUAUCUCCACAAAGCUUGAAAGUCGAAUGGUCCCCGCCGCCGGCGCACGCGCAUCACGGCGCUUUGUUAGGAUAUAAACUGCUUUAUCGACCGGAGCACACGGCAGAUUGGCUGGAGUGGGAAGUACGAGGGAACGGUAGUCCGAGUGUUACUACAGGAGCCGAAGUUAAAAGGGUAGCAGGAGUUGAGACACUGCUAUUGGCUUUAAAACCACAUAUGAAUUAUACAGUGCAAGCUCUCGCGUACACUGCGGCUGGAGACGGAGUUCCCGCUCAUCCUAUACAUUGUAUUACACAACAGGAUACGCCAGGCCCACCCGCCGCUGUUAAGGUGAUAGCUACAUCAGUCACAUCUCUAGCCGUCAGUUGGCUGCCACCAACUCGACCUAAUGGACCUGUUUUGUACUACACUGUCUUUUAUAGAGAACUUGGGCGGGAUCGACCUCCACAGACCUCAACAGUUCAAGCAGAAGAUGGUGAAAUGUCAGUAGGGCUCGGUGGUUUUACGGAGUUACGAUCGUUAUCUGAAAGUGCAACGUACGAGGCUUGGGUCGCGGCACAUUCAGCGGCAGGAGAAGGAGAGCCGUCCGCUCCUCAACCAGCGACUACCACAUCUAGGGCGGCAGUAAGGCUAUUAUCAUUUGGUGUUUGGGUCCGAGUUCAAUGUGGUCAUUCGCUAAGGCUAGCUUGUGCUUCGCGCGGAGAGCCGGCGCCGCGGGCGAGGUGGCUUCGCGGAGACCGGCCUAUAACCCAUGACCCGAGGACUCAUGUCACACCGCAUGGACCCCUUGCUAUACAUGAAGUAGAUUCAUCGACAAGUGGUAACUACACGUGCUCCGCUCGCAACUCUUUCGGUUCGGAGGAAGCGACGUACCGUGUGGAGUGCGCAUCUCCUCCCGCCGCGCCCUCCCUGGUUCUAGAACGUGCUGCACACAACGAUGCAAAGCUCUCAUGGCGUACUACUCACCAUACAUCUGCGCCGCCGCAUGGUUUUACAAUAUUUUGGGUGCGAGUUCGGGAUGAUAGCGGAGAAGGCAUAGAACCAAGUUCACGCGGCGAAGAAGAGCGUAGGAUAGAAGCGGGGGGUGAAGCGGGUAGCGUUAUACUUAGAGCUCUGUCAUGCGGUGCUACGUAUUCUGUUAAAGCGGUAGCACACUCAAGAGCUGGAUCUUCGCCUCCUUCAGCUCCUUUACUUGUUCGAACGAAACCUCCAGUAUUAGUGUGGGAAGGCGGAGGAAAUGUAGAAAGUAGUCAAGAAGAAGGUGCAGAAGCUGCUAUAUGGAGUAAUAGUAGCGCAUUGGCAUUGGAUGCGCGUAGAGCUAUCCGUUGUGGAGCCAGGCUUGUGAGGUUGCAGUGGCGGAGAGCUGAUGUCACCGUUACUUGGAGAGAUGCGGACUUAACUUCCUUACAUCAUCAUCGAGAGGUAUUAAUUGGUGGGCUAACAGUAAGCACAUGGUAUGCUCUGAAACUAUGGACAGCCACUGAAUCUGGUCGACAUCAGGCUGUAAUUUAUGCAGCAACUACGACACAUUCUGGAGAACGUCUGCGUCGACCUGUGGCCUUCCAAUCGGAAGGCAGUCCGACAACGACGAUGAGUAACGGCGACAAUGCGGACCGCGUUCUAGGCGCUCUUUCGCUCGCAUUUGCAGCGCUCGCUGCAAUAGCCGUGUCUGCUUUACUUCUGGUACUUAUGGCUAAGAGAAGCACUCUCCUCUCUUGUGGUGAUCAAAUUGAGGAAGACAAUCGUCGGUGCAGCCACUCAGUGGCCAGCACAGACAAGUCCGUGUGUCCGGAACAACAGAACAUACGGAACUGCCAACACGACUACAAACAUGACAAGCUGUCUCCGGCAUCCGGUGAGAAUUUAUAUGUAUACGAAAUAAGUCCAUAUGCGACUUUUGCUGUGGGCGGCGAGACCGCUGCCACAUUAGACCACACUCUGCAAUUCCGAACGUUUGGCCACCGGGAUAACGACGCGCCGCCACACCGCCCUUGUAGGAAACACCCGCAACGGCACAGAGAACGCGACGUAGAAAAACACCAUUCAGAGUGCGAACUUCAACAUCUGACCCGCUACGAGAAGGUGCGGCCGCGGCACUGCGCUGGCACUUCCUAUUGCGUGCCUCUAUCGCAUCAUGGUGGAGGCGGUAGUGGGGGUGGUGGUGGCAGCCAGGGGGGCUUCUCCGAGGUAUAUGCGGGGGACUCGAGCGCCGAGUCCGGCCCGGGGUCGCUCUCGCCGCGCACGCACCACGAGCACAGC